CCCUCCCCCACAGUUCCGCUUAGGGGACAAUCACCCACGGUGUCCCUGGUGGGCCUAACCAGAGGGGACCAGAGGUUCCCCAGGCUUCCACUGCAGUGAUCCCGGUCCCCACAAACCUGCAGACGGGUGGAUAGGCAGAGCACCCCCGAGCAGGUGUCUACAAGCGCUUGAAUGAGGCUGACACCAGCCUCUGCCCCUGGGUGCCUGACGUGAGGACAAGGAGCCCGUUGGCGGUCCCUGGCAUGCCCCACCAGCCCUCAGCCUGAGUCGGCGGCCCCUGCCCCUGCCGGCCGCCACCCUGCACUGUCCCGGCAACCCCGAGGUCCCCACGCUGCAGUGCGGCCAAGACCCUUCCCCGCAGGGGCCACCCCCACCACCCACCCCUGGUGCCCGGGGUGGCCCGGCCCGCAGGGCCAUGAAGCUGCAGGCCGUGAUGGAGACCCUCAUUCAGAGGCAGCAGCGUGCACGGCAGGAAUUGGAGGCCCGGCAGCCGCCACCCCCCCCACCGCCCGAGCCCACCGGUGUCCGUGCUCGGACCGCCAUAACAGAGGAGGACAGGGAGCCUGAGAAUGCCCGGAUGCAUAGGACGCAGAUGGCCGCGCUGGCCGCCAUGCGAGCCGCGGCCGCCGGCCUGGGACACCCGUCCUCGCCCGGUGGCUCUGAGGACGGGCCUCCCGGCUCUGAAGACGAAGACACAGCCCGGGAAGGGACUCUGAGCUCACCCACCCUGCGGGGAAGAGGCCAGGAGGGACCAGGACACGCUGAAGGAGAUGGACAUCUGAUGGACAUGGGCUCUGAUGAUGACAUGAAGCCCAAGUGGGAAGAGCAAGAACUGGAAGAGCUGGGGGAGGAGGAAGAAGAGGAGGAAGAGGAGGAUGACUUCGAGGAAGAGGAGGAGGAGGAAGAGGGCCUGGGCCCCCCGGGGUCUGCCAGCCUGGGCUCUGCAGGCCUGUUCGCCCGCAAGGCCCAACCUGCUCAGGCUUUCCGUGGAGAUGGUGGUCCCAGAAUGCUGGGCGGUCCUGAGCGCCUGGGACCCGGCCCGGCCCACCCCGCUCACACAGCGUCCCAGAUGCCACCCCCAGACCACGGAGACUGGACGUUUGAGGAACAAUUCAAACAGCUCUAUGAACUGGACGCGGACCCCAAGAGGAAGGAGUUUCUAGACGACCUGUUCAGCUUCAUGCAGAAGCGGGGCACGCCUGUGAACCGGAUCCCCAUCAUGGCCAAGCAGGUCCUGGACCUGUUCAUGCUGUAUGUGCUGGUGACCGAGAAGGGUGGCCUCGUGGAGGUCAUCAACAAGAAGCUGUGGCGGGAGAUCACCAAGGGGCUCAACCUGCCCACCUCCAUCACCAGCGCCGCCUUCACGCUGCGGACACAGUACAUGAAGUACCUUUACCCCUACGAGUGUGAGCGACGAGGCCUGAGCAGCCCCAAUGAGCUCCAGGCCGCCAUCGACAGCAACCGCAGAGAGGGCCGGCGCCAGAGCUUCGGGGGCUCACUCUUUGCCUACUCACCCAGUGGAGCCCACAACAUGCUGUCCUCACCCAAGCUGCCAGUGACUUCCCUGGGCCUUGCCGCCAGCACCAAUGGCAGCUCCAUCACCCCGGCACCCAAGAUCAAGAAAGAGGAAGAGUCGGCCAUCCCCAUCACAGUCCCAGGCCGCCUGCCGGUGUCUUUGGCUGGCCAUCCCGUCGUGGCAGCCCAAGCAGCUGCUGUGCAAGCCGCAGCAGCCCAGGCAGCUGUGGCAGCCCAGGCGGCUGCCCUGGAGCAGCUCCGGGAGAAGCUGGAAUCCACUGAGCCUCCAGAGAAAAAGAUGGCCCUGGUCGCCGAUGAGCAACAGCGUCUCAUGCAGCGAGCUCUGCAGCAGAACUUCCUGGCCAUGACAGCCCAGCUGCCCAUGAACAUCCGGAUCAAUAGCCAAGCCUCCGAGAACCGCCAGGACAGUGCCAAUGGCAGCAACAGUAUUAGCAUGUCAGUGGAGAUGAACGGUAUCGUGUACACAGGGGUGCUGUUUGCUCAGCCACCGCCCCCCACACCACCCUCCGCCCCCAGCAAAGGUGGCAUCAGCAGCAUCGGUACCAACAACACCGUGGGUAGCCGGACAGCAGCCAGCAGCGGUGGGACCAGCGGCGGCCAGGUGGGGCUGGCCGGGGUGUCCGCGCCCCCUACAUCUUCUACCUCAAAUAACUCCUUGCCUUAAAGGAAAUCAAGUCGUAUAGCUGCCCGCUCACCACGGGGACCACGGCCACACGAGGACCUGGGACGUCGGAAGAAUCCCAGUGGGCCGGGCAGAAUUCCAGGGAGCCACACUGACGCCGAGGAGAGAAAAUUUUAUAUAUAUACAUAUAUAGAGAGAUAGAUAGAUAGAGAAACAGAUUUAAUAAAUCAGGGCAAAGAACA